GGUGGACGCGGUUGCCAUGGUUACGGGCAGCGGCGGCGGGGGCUCCGAAAUGGCGGCGGAGCGGGACGAGGAGGUGGCGGCGGCGGAGCGGGGCCCGGGCGCGGCCUACCAGGCCUUCGUGCUGAUGGAGGAGCUGCGGGACAAGCUGAAGCUGCUGGGCUGCGAAGAGGAGGAGGCACUGCGGCGGCACAACAUGCGCCCGCUCUCCAGGCACUACUUUGCACUGCCCACUAAUCCUGGUGAGCAGUUCUUUAUGUUUUGCACGCUUGCCGCUUGGCUGAUCACUAAAGCAGGACAUCCCUUCGAGCAGCCACAAGAAUAUGAUGACCCCAAUGCAGUAAUAUCAAACAUACUCUCAGAACUGCGUUCAUUUGGAAGGCCUGUGGAUUUUCCUCCUUCAAAAUUAAAAGCAGGUUGUGGAGAGCAAGCAUGUUAUGUUCUUGAUUGUUUAGCUGAUGAAGCCUUGAAAUACAGUGGCUUUAGCUGGAAAAGACCAGUAUAUCCAACAGAAGAGCUAGAAGAAGAAGAAAUAACAGAAGAUGAUGCAGAAUUAACACUUAAUAAACUGGAAGAGGAUGUCGUGGAAGAAGAGUCAGACAAUGAAGAAAAUUUCAUUGAUCUGAAUGUUCUGAAGGCACAAACGUACAGAUCGGACAUGAAUGACUCUACAAAACAAGAAGAAAUCUUACAGUCUACGACAGAUGCGGCAGAAUGGAAUCUGGAAGUGGAACGUGUGCUUCCACAGCUGAAAGUUACGGUCAGGACUGACAAUAAGGAUUGGAGGAUCCAUGUAGAUCAAAUGCAUCAGCAUAAGGAUGGAAUUGAAUCUUCUUUGAAAGAAACUCGGGGUUACCUGGACAAACUCUAUAGUGAAAUCAGCAGAACAUUGGAAAAGAUCAAUAGCAGGGAAAAGUACAUCAACAAUCAGUUGGAGCAUUUGGUUCAAGAAUACCGUUCAGCACAAGCCUUGCUCAGUGAGGCUAAAGAGAAGUACCAGGAGGGAAGUGGAGGAGUAACUGAAAGGAGUAGAGUACUUUCUGAGAUUACAGAAGUAUUAGAGAGAGUAAAGCAGGAAACGGAAGAGAAAGGAAGCAGUAUGACUGAUGGUGCUCCUCUAGUGAAGAUUAAACAGGCCUUAACAAAACUGAAGCAAGAAACCAUUCAGAUGGACAUUCAAAUUGGUGUAAUGGAGCACACAUUACUCCAGUCAAAGCUGAAAGAGAAAUCCAAUAUGACUAGAGAUAUGCAUGCGACAAUGAUUCCAGAACCCACAGUAGGUGCCUAUUAAAAUUGUUUGGAGCUCAAUUGGUUUCCCCAAAAUGCAGUUUUCUACAGUUUGCUUUUUGGUGAUUCUGGUGGUUUUCCUUUUGUUUGGGGAAAGAGGGGCAUUAUUUUUUCUCUCUCUUUUUUUUUUCUUUUUAAUAAAAUGUUUGUCACACACUUUUUAAAAAUAAUGUUAUAAACACUUUAGACUCAACAUGGAGUCAUGUUUA